GGGGGGGCAUACGGGAUACUUGGGCGCCCCGGGAAUGGCUGCAGAGCAGUGGGGAUGCGGGGCUGGGUAGCUGCGGGGCGGUGAUCCGGAUCUGGUCAUGGGGCGGGAGCGGUGCGUGCCCCCUCCCCUGCCCCGCUGUCCCCAGGUUGCUGCGAAGCGCCGUGAGGAGUUUGGGACCGGCACAGCGGGACGCGGACGAGAUGAGCCGGGAUCAGGCUCUGCUCUUCCUCUUCGCGAUGCACGACCACGACCGGAGCGGGCAGCUGGACGGACUGGAGCUGCUGCAGCUGCUGGGGGCGGUGCUGACCCAGGGGGGCGAGGGGCGGCCCAGCCCCGAGGCGGUGGCCGCGCUGGUGGACCGAGCUCUGGAGCAGCGGGACCGCAGCGGGGACGGACUGCUGGACCCCCCCGAGCUGCUGCUGCCCGCCCCGGCACGGGAACCCCCGCGAGGAGACGGCGCUGCCCUCGAGGGGACGGUGGAGGGGCACGUCGGGGAGCAGGAAGGGAUGCCCGCUGUGGGGCAGGAGGCGCCGGGGGUGGACGCGGGGGAGAGCAGCCCCCCAGAGGGGCAGAGUCUGCGGGGGGACGGCGGUAUCCAGGGAAACCCCGAGGCCGGGACCCCCUUGGAAGAGAACGAGACGGCGGAACUGGAGACGGCCAUUGAGGACAGAGAGCUCCGGGUUGAGCCCCCCGAGGCGGCGGCAUCCCCCUCCUUGGAAGAACCCGGGGAGAUGUAGGCGCUGCAAGGGGCUGCAGCGGUUCCCUGCCCCACGGCUGUGGGGGCUGAGGGACCCCCACGUACCUCCCCCGCCGCAGCGGGACCGGUGGGAUGGGGGGGGGUUCGGGACGCUCGAGUUGGCGCUGUAACGCGGGUCGAGGAAUACAGCCGCUGAACCCCA